AUGCCAAGCUCCCAAGGCGCAUAUCGCGCCUUUCCCGGCUCGUCCGCUUUCUCGGACUUUCGUCUGCAAAGAUUGCAAGCUGCGAUCGGAGCUACGGAUCUGCAAUCGAUAUGGGUGCAUUACGUCUCUUCCGAGGAGCAAUUGCUGGAUGAGGAAACUUCCAUCUUGGAUCAGCUACUUGAGUAUGGAAGCUAUCCAGGGUCGAAGAAUGAACUGUACAGCACCCUUCUGAAGGCAGUGAUUAAUGGCCACCUGCCGGAAGAUGAAACGACCAAGAUCUUCUUCAUCAGUCCACGUCCUGGUUCAAUCUCACCUUGGAGCUCAAAAGCGACGAGUAUUGCUCACGUCUGCGGCCUCGAGAAGGUGGUCAAUCGAAUCGAAAGAGGUCUUGUGAUCGUCGCCAAAUUCAAUGAGCCACUGGGAGAUGGAACGAUUCCUAAUCAGGAUUCGUUGUAUGAUCGCAUGACGGAGACCAUCAGCUCCCAACCUCCCGAUCUGAAUGCAAUGUUCGCUCAGAGUGCGCCCGCYCCACUGCAAGAGGUGUCUCUCCUGCAACAUAGCAAAGGCCCGAGAGUUGCGCUUGAAGAGGCCAACCGUACAUUGGGCCUCGCACUCGAUAGCCCGGAAAUGGACUAUUUGAUCGAUGCGUAUACAAACACAUUGAAGCGCAAUCCCACAGAUGUGGAGCUGUUCAUGUUUGCCCAGGUCAAUUCGGAGCACUGUAGGCACAAGCAAUUCAAUGCGACUUGGACGAUUGAUGAACAAGUCAAGGAUCGCAGUCUGUUCCAGAUGAUCAGGAACACAAACGAGAAGCAUGGUCAGGGAGUCAUCUCGGCGUAUAGUGACAAUGCUGCGGUCCUGCGAGGUAGCUUUGGAGGACACUGGGCACCAGAGAACGCGAGUGGGGAGUGGAAACUGACGAAGGAGGAUGUGCCUUACCUCAUCAAGGUUGAGACACACAACCACCCAACUGCCGUCUCUCCAUACCCUGGAGCGGCUACUGGAUCUGGAGGUGAGAUUCGGGACGAAGGUGCCGUUGGAACGGGCUCGAAGCCGAAGGCUGGGUUGACAGGCUUCAGCGUGUCUGAUCUAUUGAUUCCUGGCCACACACAGCCUUGGGAGCUGGAUAUCGGAAAGCCAGCUCAUUUGGCAAGCAGUCUUGACAUUAUGCUCGAGGCACCCAUCGGAAGUGCUGCAUUCAAUAACGAAUUCGGAAGACCAUGCACUACCGGGUACUUUAGGACCUUCUCGAUGGACGUCUCCCAGGAUGAGACAAAGCCCGAGGUCAGAGGCUAUCAUAAGCCUAUCAUGAUUGCUGGUGGUGUCGGUACCGUUCGUCCGCAGCACGCCAUCAAGAAGAAGGAAAAGGUCAGCACCGGAGCACAUCUGAUCGUUCUGGGUGGGCCAGCAAUGCUCAUUGGACUUGGCGGUGGCGCGGCUUCAAGCAUUUCCUCCGGUGAAGGAAGUGUUGAUCUUGACUUUGCCAGUGUGCAAAGAGGCAAUGCCGAAGUCCAGAGACGAGCGCAAGAAGUCAUCAACACCUGCACAUCACUAGGCGCCGACAGCCCGAUCGAAUUUAUCCACGACGUUGGGGCCGGUGGUUUGUCCAAUGCUUUACCUGAGUUGGUGCACGAUGCAGGCUUUGGGGCUACCUUCCAAUUGAGAGAGAUUGACAAUGCUGAUCCGAGCUUAAGCCCACUACAAAUCUGGUGCUGCGAAGCCCAGGAACGCUAUGUCAUGGCCAUCGCUCCCACUCGAUUGGAAGAUUUUAAGAAGAUCGCCAGACGUGAGCGCUGUGGCUUCUCAGUUGUUGGAAAAGCGGAACGAGAGCAGCAUAUAGUACUCGAGGACAGUAGCUCAAAGGAUGGCCAGAAGCCUAUCGAUCUACCAAUGGGGACUUUGUUCGGCCAGGUGCCCAAGACGCGGAAGACGGACGUCACUCGGAGGCUUCAGCUGCCAAACUUCGACAGCAGUCUUUCAACCUACCUCCCUGAUGUUCCAAAGGAUGCAGUACUGGGUCAUGCCAUUGAUCGGGUACUGUCUCUUCCUGCUGUGGGCUCCAAGUCAUUUCUCAUUACCAUUGCCGACCGCACUGUUGGUGGACUUACUGUCAGGGAUCAAAUGGUUGGCCCUUGGCAAACUCCAGUUGCGGACGUAUCAGUCACUGCUACGUCUUUGACACCAGGCAUAACCACAGGUGAGGCCAUGGCUAUGGGCGAGAAACCCACUCUGGCUCUCAUCUCACCAGCGGCGUCAGCUCGCAUGGCCGUAGCUGAGUCACUGCUCAACAUCGCCGCUGCCAGUCUGCCCAAUCGUCUAAGCCGCGUCAGACUUUCUGCCAAUUGGAUGGCGGCAAGUAGCCAUCCGGGCGAGGGAGCUGCUCUUUACGAAGCUGUUGAGGCAAUUGGGAUGCAGCUCUGUCCAGAGUUGGGUAUUAGCAUCCCUGUCGGCAAAGACUCCAUGUCCAUGAAGACUAAAUGGGAGGACAAAGAGGUCACUGCGCCCCUCUCUCUGGUCAUCUCCGCCUUUGCACCCGUCAACGAUCUCUCCAGUACUUGGACACCUGCAUUGAGACGCCCAGAGGAAGUCGGAGAGACUCUGCUAAUGUUUGUCGAUCUUGCUGGUGGCAGGAAGGCGUUGGGUGGCUCGGCUCUUGCACAGUGCUUCGGUAAAGUGGGCAACGUCGCACCCGAUGUGCACGAUGUCGACCAUAUCAAGGACUUUUUCCACGCCGUUGAACAAUUGCACGAAUCUGACAUUGUGCUCGCCUACCACGACCGCUCUGAUGGUGGUCUGUUCACAACUUUGGUGGAGAUGAUGUUCGCUGGUCGAUGUGGUCUAGACUUGAUGCUCGAUCGCAUUGUAAAGUCUGGCAGACCGCAAGACGUCAUCGAGACUCUCUUCAAUGAGGAGCUGGGUGCUGUCUUCCAGAUCCGGAAGAAGCAUGAGAAUAUUUUCCGCGGCGUCUUUGCGCCAAUGAGUCCAAUCACCAUUGCCAGUGUCCCCAAGGCAUCGAAGCAGGAGCUUUCAAUUCACUAUGGCGCAGGGUGCAUUUACAGAGCUUCGCGGAAAGAGCUGCAACAGAAGUGGUCGCACACUUCCUGGGCUAUGCAGAGACUGCGGGACAACCCUGACUGUGCUGAUGCGGAGAAGAAGAAUAUCGAGGACGACAACAACCCUGGUCUGCAGUACAAGCUCACUUACAAGCCGGAGGAGAACAUCAUGCCCUUGCUCUCCACCCUGACAUCUCAGAUCAAAGCGAAGCCUCGCGUUGCGAUCCUCCGCGAGCAAGGUGUCAACGGACAGGCGGAGAUGGCUUUCGCGUUCUCCGUCGCCGGGUUCAGCCCGAUCGAUGUGCRCAUGACCGACAUCAUCUCUGGCCGCUUCUCAUUGGAGUCUUGUGUUGGUCUCGCCGCUUGUGGUGGUUUCAGUUACGGUGAUGUUCUCGGAGCUGGCCAAGGCUGGGCCAAGAGUGUGUUGCUACACGACGAGGCACGAAACAACUUCAAGAGCUUCUUCGAGCGCAAGGACACAUUCGCUCUUGGCGUCUGCAACGGAUGUCAAUUCCUGUCACGUCUCACGGAGAUCAUUCCCGGAGCGGAGACUUGGCCAACAUUCGAGCGCAACCUCAGCGAACAGUACGAGGCGCGCGUGUGUAUGGUCAAGAUUGAAGAUUCGCAAUCUCAGCCUCCAAGUGUCUUCCUGCAUGGGAUGAGCGGAAGCUAUCUGCCUAUUGUAAYAGCGCACGGAGAGGGUCGAGCCAACUUCUCUCGCACGGGAAGCUCUUCGGAGCAGUCUUUGGCCGAUCAGGGGCUGGUUUCCAUGCGCUACGUGGACAACUAUCUUCAGCCUACGACGCAAUAUCCGUACAACCCCAACGGUAGUCCAUCGGGGAUCACUGCUGUGAGGACGCCCGACGGUAGAGUCCUGGCUAUGAUGCCGCAUCCGGAGCGUACAGUGCUCAAGCAGGUCGCGAGCUAUUUGCCACAGGAGCAGGCGAAGGAAUGGGGUGAGUUUGGACCUUGGACUAGAAUGUUCAAGAGUGCCAGACGGUGGGUGGGAUAG